AUGACUUUUUCAGAAGAACCCAUAAAAGUUUCCCACAAAGUUGAGUCCAUAGCCGUAAUUGGUGGAGGUGCAUCUGCAGCCAUCACCCUGCAGACCCUGCACGAAGAGAAGGCUUUUGAAAAGAUCAAGGUGUUCGAGAAACGCGCACAACUCGGUGGAAACUGGUUUCUUGCUCCAGACAAAAAAAAGAGAGUGCCUAUUGUCUCGGCAGGUGCUAGCAGCGCUGAGUUGGAGCCACCUUCGGGUAUUCCUGAAGAGCUGGUGAAUGGGUCAGUAGAGACUAUUGUUCUGCCCCGAGUACCUAAGGAGAGGUUCGACGAGACAGGAUGCUACCACAACAUGAAGACUAAUGUUGUUGAGAAGAUGAUGACUUUCUCGGACAGGAGAGAAUGGCCCAAAUUGCUAGAGCCAGUUGAAGCUGGUUUCACAGAUGCUCCCUCAGUCCAUGAAUAUCUUCUCGACAGAUUUUCCAAAUUCCCAGACUCUAUCCAGCUGGGCACCACCGUUGAGACCAUAAGAAAGAAGGACGGAAAAUUUGUGCUUUAUCUAAGACAAGAAACUGAUGAAGUUGACUCCAAGGGGAGACCGCUAGAUAAAUGGUGGGUCGAGACUUUUGAUGCCAUCGUUUUGGCUUCCGGAGAAUUCAGGAUUCCCUUCAUUCCUUCCUAUCCAGGUAUAAAGGAGGCCCAGGAUGCAUUCCCCGAGAGAUUUACUCAUUCAAAGUUCUACGAUGGUCCUCAAAUUUUCAAAGAUAAGGUUGUUUUGAUCGUCGGCUCUAGGAUCUCAGCAAAUGACUUGGUCACCUAUGCUGUUCCUGAGGCUGCUGAAGUGUACAAUUCCAGAAGGUCUUAUCAAGACUCCGAUAAGGAUUAUACAAAGACACACAGAAAGCCUGCCAUUGAGAAGUUUGUUCUGGUAGGCGGUGGUUUUGACGUCCAUUUCGUGGAUGGCUCGGUCCUGAAGAACCCAGACUUGAUUGCCUUUGCUACGGGCUACUCUCUAUCGUUCCCAUAUAUGAACGAUUUGCGUCCAAAUUUCACAACUGGCGUUUAUAUUCCAUCCUCUUUCCAACAAACCUUCCACACGUUUGAUCCGCUCAUCACCAGUGUGGGUGUUCACACCUCGGGUAUGUCUUUCCGUAUUUACGAGGCCCAGGCAACCACUAUCGCAAGGUUCUACGCUGGAAAAAUCUCUCUUCCUUCGGAGAAAGAGCAAGAAGAGUGGAAAUCUGCCAGAUUGAAAAUACACGGUCCAACCAGGAAAUUCCACGAUCUCGACUUUACCGAAGGCCCAGUGCUUUUCAGCAGUUUAAUAGAGAUAGGAGGAGGUAAGGAAAAUCCAACAGGUGUGGGAAGGAGCUACGCUCCUCUCGAUGAAAAUGAUAGGAAACUGCUCAAGGAGUCUGAAAUUAGAAUCGUGAACUUGCUGGCUUAG